CGGGCCGCAGCCGCUCGCCUCGGCGUCCUCGGCUCCGCCCUCGCGCCGGCCACUCCGCGGAGCUCGUUCCCGCUCGGGCCCACUCGAGCGGCUCGGGCCUCGGCUACUCGGGCUGCGGCCGAAGAUGGCGGCGCCGGCGGCUCGGGCCGACGGCUCCGACGCGGCGCUGGCGGCGGCUCUGGCGGACGUGCCCGACCUAGGCCGGCUUCUGGAGGUCGACCCGUACCUGAAGCCCUACGCCCCGGACUUCCAGCGCAGGUAUAACCGGUUUAGCCAGACUUUGGACAACAUUGGAAAGAAUGAAGGUGGUAUUGACAAGUUUUCCAGAGGUUAUGAAUCAUUUGGCGUCCACAGAUGUGCUGACGGGGGCUUAUACUGCAAAGAGUGGGCCCCGGGAGCAGAAGGAGUUUUUCUUACUGGAGACUUCAAUGAUUGGAAUCCAUUUUCGUACCCAUACAAAAAACUGGAUUAUGGAAAAUGGGAUCUGUAUAUCCCACCAAAGCCUAAUAAAUCCCUCCUGGUACCGCAUGGAUCCAAAUUAAAGGUAGUUAUUAGGAGUAAAAGUGGAGAGAUCUUGUAUCGUAUUUCACCGUGGGCGAAGUAUGUGGUUCGUGAAAGUGGUAAUGUGAAUUAUGAUUGGAUACACUGGGAUCCAGAACAGCCAUAUAAAUUUAAGCAUUCCAGACCAAAGAAGCCAAGAAGUCUAAGAAUUUAUGAAUCUCAUGUGGGAAUUUCUUCCCAUGAAGGAAAAAUAGCUUCUUAUAAACACUUUACAUGCAACGUACUACCAAGAAUCAAAGGCCUUGGAUACAACUGCAUUCAGAUGAUGGCAAUCAUGGAGCACGCUUACUACGCCAGUUUUGGUUACCAGAUCACAAGCUUUUUUGCAGCGUCAAGCCGUUACGGAACACCUGAAGAGCUAAAAGAAUUGGUUGACACCGCUCACUCAAUGGGUAUUACAGUCCUCUUAGAUGUAGUGCACAGCCAUGCCUCCAAAAAUUCAGAAGAUGGAUUGAAUAUGUUUGAUGGGACAGACUCCUGUUAUUUUCAUUCUGGACCUAGAGGGACUCAUGAUCUUUGGGAUAGUCGAUUGUUUAUCUACUCCAGCUGGGAAGUUUUAAGAUUCCUUCUGUCAAACAUAAGAUGGUGGUUGGAAGAAUAUGGCUUUGAUGGGUUUCGUUUUGAUGGUGUUACAUCCAUGCUCUAUCAUCACCAUGGAAUUGGUGCAAGCUUUUCAGGUGAUUACCAUGAAUAUUUUGGACUCCAAGUAGAUGAAGACGCCUUGACUUAUCUCAUGCUGGCCAAUCAUUUGGUUCACACGUUGUAUCCGGAUUCUAUCACAAUAGCUGAGGAUGUCUCAGGAAUGCCGGCUCUGUGUUCUCCGAUUUCCCAGGGAGGGGGUGGCUUUGACUAUAGAUUAGCCAUGGCAAUUCCGGACAAAUGGAUCCAGCUAGUUAAGGAGUUUAAAGAUGAAGAUUGGAACAUGGGCAACAUAGUGUACACUCUCACAAACAGACGCCACCUUGAAAAGUGCAUCGCUUAUGCAGAGAGCCACGAUCAGGCACUCGUUGGGGAUAAGUCACUGGCAUUUUGGUUGAUGGACGCCGAAAUGUAUACCAACAUGAGUGUUCUGACCCCUUUUACUCCAGUUAUUGAUCGUGGAAUACAGCUUCACAAAAUGAUUCGACUCAUUACUCACGCACUCGGUGGAGAGGGCUAUCUCAAUUUCAUGGGUAAUGAAUUUGGGCAUCCGGAAUGGCUAGACUUCCCAAGAAAGGGGAAUAAUGAGAGCUACCAUUAUGCCAGAAGGCAGUUUCAUUUAACUGAUGAUGACCUUCUUCGCUACAAGUUCCUAAAUAACUUUGACAGGGAUAUGAAUAAAUUGGAAGAAAGAUGUGGUUGGCUUUCUGCUCCCCAGGCAUUUGUGAGUGAGAAGCAUGAAGGCAAUAAGGUCAUCGCUUUUGAGAGAGCAGCUCUUCUUUUUAUUUUCAACUUCCAUCCAAGCAAGAGCUACACCAAUUACAGAGUCGGAACGACAUUGCCCGGGAAAUUCAAAAUUGUGCUAGAUUCCGACGCAGCGGAAUAUGGAGGACACCAGAGAUUGGACCACAAUACCGAUUUCUUUUCUGAGCCUUAUGAGCAUAAUGAGCGUCCCUCUUCUCUUUUGGUGUACAUUCCAAGCCGAGUGGCCCUCAUUCUUCAGAACGUGGAUCCGCCCAACUGAAGAGACCUGGCUUCAGCUCCACUGGAGGAAGACUGUGCCUUGCUCCCCGUCCUCAAUGUCGCAGAGCUUAUGAUGUGUACGCUUCUCAAAAUACGGUUGUCUAGCCAAAAUGUCAGAUGUCUGAAAUUCAGUAUUGCUCUAUGCAAAUGAUGGUCAAACUUUAAGAAGUGGGCGGAGGAUAUUUUUGAAAUUUCAGGGACCCUGGACUAUAUUUUCCAAGCAUCUGAGCAGUUAGGAUCCUCAAACGAAGUAUUAUGCAUGAUGUCUUUAAACAACAUUGCUCUCCUGGCUUUAAGUUCAAAUUUGAAUUGUGUCGUGUAUGGUUACUUAUGUUGAAUGUAGACAGUAUUUUUUAAGGUGGAUAUUUGGUGGCUUUAUUUGUUCUAGUAUCUCUUGGUCUGAAUUACAAAGUACCAAGAUUGUUACUGUGUUUUAAAAAAUUGUGUUUAGGAAUACUGUAAUAAAUAGUAAUAUAAGAAUAAGAGUUGUAUCAAAGGUAACAUAAAAGUUAUUAUCGAUGAACUCCUCUAUGCCUCAUUUUGCAUAAUUUUCAUCAUGUGAUCUCUUGUUCACUUAGUAUCUUGGUAGAUGCUGAUAUCUCAGUCUAUCCAAAGGCCUGAAUUGGUAAUUUUAACAUUUCAGAAAAUGUCUUUUACUUAGAAUCAAUAAAAAAAAAUUUGCAAAUUGCCUUUGCUAAAAAUGGCUAUUUUGCUGUACUAUUAUGGGGAUUGAUUUACAAUGAAUAUUAAAAUGCCUUAUCACAACUCUGAUACCCCACGUAUAUGCAUACGUGCACAAGGACGAGGAGGCAUGGCGAUUAAUAAUGUAUUUUCUUUUAGGUUCCAUUUUGUAACUUGAAGUUAUGCUAACCCACUCAGAUAUCUAAGCUACUCUCCAGCUAUAAAUCUGAGCACUUUUAAAAGCUGAAUUAACUGUCUCAACUCAGUGGGCUACUCAGUCAUGAAAUUGCCGCUCGGUUUAUUAAAUACUUUGCCACAGGUCUAAAAUCACUGAUGCGUAAUUCAUUCAUAACAGAGAAAUUAUGAGGCAUUUAUAAAACAUAAUGUAUCUGUCACUUUUUUUAAAGGUCUAAUUUUUUCUUUUACAUUAAUACUGUUUUUUUGUUUGUUUUUAGCCUGGUUUUUCAUGAUGAGUAAGAAGCACUUGGAAGCCUUUCUGUUAAAAACUCAUUCAAUCAUGAAAGAGAUUAGCAAAAUAGACUUACUUUUAUAGCUAAACCUAUAUAUUGACUACCUGCCUUAUAACUUUUUUUGGGGAAAGCCUUGAAUCUAGGUCUUGAUAUGUAUUUGCUUUCACUUCAAGGUAGAAUAAUAGUUUGAAUAAUUAGUAUCGUCCCUCUGCCGUGAUCCAUGGGCUGUACCUGCUAUCGAUAAAACACAGUGCGCAACCGUGAUGUUUUGUGUCCUGGUUUAUAAUUCCUUGUCUAUGCCUUUCUUAUGUAUGAAGAUUUGUGCUAUUUUUCUGUUGAAGUUCUUUAAAAAUGACAAGAAAUUACUUCGCACCCAGAACCCAUUGCCUUUCCAUUGUGACCUCUGUGGCAAAGUCAAAAAGACCAGAGUAAUUCUAUGCUGUGUUUUCCUUAUACUGAUGGGUCUCACUAAUGUGUUCCUUAGAUUUCACAGUCUAAAGCUUGAGCUGAGCAGUGUAAUGUAAGUUGAUUGCCCUUGUCCAGUGUUUUUCCCCCUAAGAAGAGCAAUAAAUGUAUGUUGCUAGGUAAGAGUUAUAAAAAUACAUGCAAACAAAUAAAAUAUUGAGUCCAAAAUAGAA